AUGGCUGAUAAGAAUCCUACUCAAAAGAAGAGGAAACAUAAGAGUAGAGCACCUCCUGGUCCUGACCAGGCCCAGAUUAACUGGAAAGAAGAUGAAUUCCAGAACCUCGUUAGAGGACAUAACUUUCGAUCUGAGUGGGGGGCUCGAUAUCCUCCGUCUGGAUCUACUGCACUGGAUGCCCCCCCUGGUUUUAUCACUUUAUAUGCUGCUUUCUUCCGGGAAGGCAAUUUUAGGUUGCCCAUUACUAAGUUUGUUGCUGACGUUCUGAGAGGUUAUGGUCUUCAUAUUUCUCAGAUAAAUGCUAUUGGGCUCCCCCGGAUUACUCACUUCGAGUUUGUUUGCCGGUCUUAUCGAGUUGAACCGACGUUUCCAAUGUUCAACACUUUUUAUAGUGUUUCGUAUUCCAGUGGGUUCUACUCUUUCCAGGCUAGGAUGGGGGUCGCUCAGGUGUGUUCGGUGCCGAUAAAGGGCAUUCAUGACUGGAAGCAAAAGUUUUUCUAUAUCCGUCGCGGUGUGAUUCCGACGGAUAUGUCGUAUAGGCAUGUGGAACAAGGGGUUCCCAGGGUGGAUGUUCUUCCCGACUAUGGUGAUCAAGACUGGUUUAAGAAGAUAACUGCGAAGCCGACGGCUAUUUCCCAACUGGAUGAGAUGGCCUUGGUUGGUGCAGGGAUGAGUUUGUUGUGGGUUCCUAAACAUCCGUUGGGUCAGCCUGCGUAUAGCCACAAGGGCAGAUUUGGUUAUAGUUUGCUGAAUGCCUUGGACCCGAAAUCAGCGGGUGCCAUGGUUGAAGCUAUCCAAGCUGAUGGGAAUCCAACGUGGUUGGAGCAAAUACAUGACCGUUUUCUUCAUCCUACCGAUGCGAGUUUGAGUCGAUACGCCAAUGAAGUUCUUGGUGAGGAUGAUGAGGAUGACUUGGUCGACUCUGGUCGAGAGGAAGUCGUUAUCCUUUCUAGUGGAAGUUCUGACCGGGAUGUUGAAGAUCUAAUAUCUCAUUCCGCGCGUGCAGGUACCACGCCUGGUGGUGUUGCUGAGCCGGUACAUGGGUUUGCUGAGGAUGAUGACGAUGCGGAGGCAUCUGUUGAUCCGUCUGCCCAGUUGGAGACGAGGAAGAGGGCAAGGACGGAGAAAUCUGUAAGAAAGGAAGGGAAGAAAGAGGGUGGAGCUGCUGGAUCUUCUCGCCCUGGGGAGGUGCGUCAAGGGUCUGAUCCUGACGAUAAAGCUACUUUAACUGAGCACAUGAAGAAGAAGGCUCUUGAUGAUCAUAAGCGUCAUCUUGAUGAACAAGCUGCUGCCCUUCUUGCGGCCAAGAAGGCCAAGCUUCAGAAGGAUGCCCCCCCAGCCCCUUCUGAAUCUGAGGUUGAUUUGGGUGUAUUUAGUGGGGGUCGAGGGAAUUUGUUGGAGAAGAUAUUUGAGGCUUCUGCUCCCCGGCCUGGUAACUUAGUUUCUGUGUAUGUUUUUGUCAUCUUUUAUUUUGUCUUUUUUGCUAAUUGUAAUUUUGUGGCAGAAUCUAAGACUAGCAAGAAGCCACGGCCAGUGGAUAUUUCUCAGAUUACUCCACCUACCUCUCCUCCUUCGAGGACUGUUGGCUUGACCCCUCCUCGAGAUGAUGCUGAUGUAACUGUGAAGGGCGGUGAAGGGUUUGAAGGUAUAUUUGAGGGAGGUGACGCUGCUGGUGGUGAUGUUGGCGGUGAUGCUGGUGGAGUUGAUAAGGGUAAAGGUAUUGAAGUGGAGAUGGAGUCUAGUGAGACUACUCCACAACAAACCAUUUACACAAAACGUCCUCCCGUUGAAGGUGGAGCCACUUCUGGCUUUGUGCGGAGUCCGCACUUUGAACAGAAUCCUGGUGAUUCCUGGGGUAACCCGGCUUGCGAUGAUUUGCCGCACGUCCCCCGUUGGGGCCUUACUCAGGGCUCCCGCAUGAAUGACUUGCAGAACUGUCAGGAGUUCUUCUCAUUAUCCCUUCCCCCUGCCGAGAGGAUGUUUCAGAAAAACCGCAGCCGCUUUGCCCUUAUAGAUGAUCAUGUUACGGCUGGGGUUAACUUCUUUGCCACCUCUCAGGAGAUUCUUCGUGAGUGGCGUUCUAUGGGAGAAGAAACUAUGGCGUUUGAGGAGGCCAAGAAGGCAUUUGCUGAAGAGAAGGAAAAAUUUAAUACAGAGCAGAAGGGUCUUCAAUGGCGGGUUACUGAGGCUGAGCGGAAAUUUGAAGAGCAGAAACAGUUAAACGAGCAAAAACAAAAGGAUUGGGAGUCGGCCUGUGCUCGUACGAACGCGGAGAUGCAGUCGCAGCGUGAUGCUAUUGUGCGGCUGUCUGGUGAGAAGACUGCUCUCGCGGAAGAGGCUCAUCAAGCGCGUCUUGCGGCGGAGAAGAAGGAAAAGGAGUACAUUGCGCGGAUAGAUAAGCUGGAGCUUCUUGUGCAGGCGAAGACUUCGGAGUGUGAGGCUGCUCAGCGUCUUCUUGAUGAGAAGGCGGCGGAGUGCCGUGCGUCUGAGCUCCUUGCUGAGGAAGCUUCAGCUGAUAGUAGGUGGCUGCUAUCUCGCGGUGUUCCAUUGCUUGCUGAUCGUAUCUUGAAUUCUCCUGAGCUUGCCCAAUACAUGUUUGAGUUGGGUGGGGCAGGUUAUAAUAGUGGCCGCAAGAAUGGAUAUGCUGAAGGCAGGUGUGCUGCUGCAAACAAUGAGAAGGAUUACAAGUUUGAGCUGUAUAAGGCUGAUUGCGAUAAUGCGUAUGCGAAGAAACGGCGAGAGUUUGCAAUGCUUGAUUUUGCCGUAGUUAAGGCUGCUGGUAAGUUGGCCCUCAAAGCGGAUGGGGUAGCUUUGUUAAAGAAGGCAUUGGGAGAAGAUGAUGCUAGCGGUGCGGGUGGUGCUGGUUCCAGCCGCACUUAGUUUGGGAUUUCCGGCCUGUGUGCCGCGUACAGCCUUGUAUGGGCUUGUAAUGAUGUUUCAAGACAAUUU